CUUUCUUCCUUCGGUUACCAUUUUACAAAGGUUGCCGAUUCUACACAUUUUGUUUGUUUAUAGGCACCUUCUGCAACCCCCAGUCUGGGCCACCAUCAACCUCCUUAUCGGGCCCCACAUCUCAAAACUCCCAAAAUCUUCUCUCUAUUACUCUAAAAACCAGAGCUGACUUUUCUCCCACUUUUAGGAUCGGCCGGACCAAAAUUAUGGCGCGGCCGCGAUUUUUUCCGGCGAUCGGAAGUACCCAAGUCCUCCUGAUCUGCCUAUUCGCCUCCCUGUUGUGCUUCCAUGGCGUAGUUUCGUCAUCUCUUCAAAUCUCCCAGCUUGAUUUUAAUAAAACCUUUUUCGUCUCCGACAACCGCGGAGGAGGCGGAGAGAACGGUGCCGGUUCCGGUGGGAGUCGCCAAACCACCAUGUUCCUCCCUCUAUUCCUCUCUCCUCCUCGACUCAAUCAGUCGUCGCCGUCGUCGUCCUCCGUUGCCUCAGUCCAGCAGUCCCGUCGUCACCUCCAGAGUCGCCGUCCUAAUGCCCGCAUGUCUCUCCACGAUGAUCUCCUGCUUAACGGGUAUUACACUACGCGGUUGUGGAUCGGAACUCCGCCGCAGAGAUUUGCAUUGAUAGUGGACACGGGGAGUACUGUUACUUAUGUUCCUUGUUCUACAUGUGAGCAGUGCGGCAAGCAUCAGGUCAAUCAGCUAUUUCACUUGCUAAUUGAUAUUUAUAUGAUUGUUUCGGCUUUUGAGUACUGGCAUUAUGAGUCCUUCUUUUAAUCGUGAAUUCCUAUUUUUACACUGCAUAUGUAUCAUACUUACUCAUUCACAUGAUUCGUUUUCUCAAAUGCAUUUUACCAUUUUGAUUGUAUGCGGUUGAAAUGAAUCUUUGUGCAUCCUCAAAUGGUGGGGAAUAAGUGGCUUCAAUCAAUUGAUGAAGAAUAAGAUGCAAUUUUAUUUUUUCUUGUGGAAUAUUAAUUUGUUUCUUACCAAGCUAAAUCUUUGAAUCUGUAUAUAGUUGAUGAACAAUGAGUUCUGUCUGGUGUGGACAACCCACUACGAGUUGGGACUUGUAGAUGAAUAGGAGGAUUGUAACUUAAUGGUUUACCGCAUCAAGUUAGAUCUUUACUUGUUUCUUGUUGAAUUUGCACACCUUUUAUAUUAUUGACUGCAACUGUAUAAAAGUGCUCUUCAUGGAAGGUUCUUGUAACCUGGGUAUCGUACGGUAUACAUGGGGGGAAAUUUCGAAGGUUAUGUUGGGUCCUUCCUUUGUGUAAGGGUAGACAAGUGCAUUACACCUAUUAUCUGUGGUGGAUUUCGAACUUCUGUAUGCAAUUAGAUACAUACAUUGCCGUUGGCCGAUUUUAUGGGCAAUGCCUCUAUCUAAGAGCGAGUGCUUGAUAUGUAUCUACCAUUGCAUCUAUUAGGAUCCCUUUUGCUCUUUCUUCUUCCAAGUUUUUGUGAAUGUCUGACAGUCUGAGUGCCUUCUAUUCUGAUGAAUAUUAUUAUCUUCUAUAUUUUCAUGUGGGAUAGGAUCCCCGAUUUCAACCAGACUUAUCUAGCAGCUACGAGACACUGAAAUGCAAUAUUGACUGCAAUUGUGAUGCUGAGAGGGAGAAUUGCAUAUAUGAUAGGCAAUAUGCAGAAAUGAGUUCCAGCAGCGGGAUUCUUGGGGUGGAUAUUGUGUCCUUUGGAAAUUUAAGCGAACUCGCGCCUCAGAGAGCAAUAUUUGGUUGUGAAAACAUGGAAACUGGUGAUCUUUAUAGUCAGCACGCUGAUGGUAUAAUGGGCUUGGGCCGUGGAGAACUCAGUAUAGUGGAUCAACUGGUUAAAAAAAAUGUUAUUAGUGAUUCUUUUUCUCUAUGUUAUGGGGGGAUGGAUUUUGGAGGCGGUGCAAUGGUUCUUGGUGGAAUUUCGCCCCCAGCUGAUAUGGUCUACACUCGCUCAGACCCUGCACGCAGUCCUUAUUAUAACAUUGAGCUGAAGGAGAUGCAUGUUGCUGGGAAGGCUUUGGCUUUGGAUCCACGUGUUUUUGAUCGAAAACAUGGAACCGUUCUUGAUAGUGGUACAACAUAUGCCUACCUACCUGAAGAAGCAUUCACAGCAUUCAAAGCUGCCAUAAUGAAGGAAGUCCACGCCCUGAAACAGAUCCAGGGUCCUGAUCCAAAUUAUAAUGAUAUUUGUUUCUCUGGUGCUGGAAGUGAUCCGUCACAACUGUCAAGUACAUUUCCCUUGGUUGAAAUGGUAUUUAGCAAUGGUCAAAAGCUUGCGCUCUCACCUGAAAAUUACUUGUUCCGGCAUUCUAAGGUGCGUGGUGCAUAUUGCCUGGGAAUCUUUCAGAAUGGCAAAGAUCCCACUACCCUUUUAGGAGGGAUUAUUGUCCGCAAUACUCUUGUAACUUAUGAUCGGGAACAUGAAAAAGUUGGUUUCUGGAAAACUAAUUGUUCUGAUUUGUGGGGAAGACUAAACUUUUCCAGCUUGUCUCCCCCACCACCCUCUGGGAUGGAUAAUACAAACUCAACUGCUGAUGUAGUUCCAACAUUGGCUCCUACAGAACAGCCACAAUACAAUACUUCUGAAGAGGUUAAAGCUGGACAAGUGACAUUUUAUAUGUCCUUAAGUGUCAACUACUCAGACUUGAAGCCUCACAUCCCAGAACUUGAGCAAUUAAUCGCAAAGGAGUUAGACAUCAAUGGAUCACAGGUUCAUCUGCUGAAUUUUACGUCCAAAGGAAAUGGUUCACUCAUUAGAUGGGCUAUAUAUCCUCCUGGUUCUGCUGAUAGUAUGCCGAAUUCAACUGCAAUGGAUAUUGUAUCCCGGUUGGCUGAAAAUCGUGUAAAACUCCCCGAUACUUAUGGAAGUUACAAAUUAUUCGACUGGAAUAUAGAGCCUCCUCAGCCACGGAGAUGGAGACUAAACUACAUGGUUAUACUUGUAGUAUUUGUUGUAAUAUUAAUAAUUGGAUUAGCUGCUUCUGGUGCUUGGUUUAUUCGGAGAAGGCAGCAGCAGUCGCUUGUUUCGUACAAGCCUGUAGAUUCUGUUGUACCUGAGCAAGAACUGCAACCACUAUGAUUUUAGAUUUUGCCUGAUUCAUGACUUAUAAAUAGCAUGACGAACGUUCCCAGACUUCCCUUAACGUGUUUCUUAAACCAUAGUGAAGGGUCCAUUUCAACUUACUGGAAACGAUGAAUUGAGGGUAAACCAGACAAAUCUCUUGCAUUUCCAUGUCAGAACUAAGAAUGGAGAUAUUGGAGAUAGGUGCAAGCUUCUCGGCGUGUAUAUUACAUUCAGUAUAUGCGAGCAGGUUGGGCGUGAUAGGAAGAAAACAGCCUCACCUACUGUCAGUUCUAAAAUCACUAAUUUGUUACUUCUUUGUACCCUGUAGAGAAAAUGCAGUAACAGUAUGGACCCGAUGAUGAUUUUGUGAUGAUGAUUUUGUAGUGUGAAUCGAAUAGAAUCAUACGGCAAGAUUUACAGGAAAAGUGCACUCGGAUUUAAAUUACAAGCUUUUUGUACUGAAAUUUUUAAAACCACAAGUUUCUAUUCAAGGAAAUAGUGAAUUUAUAUGGUUAUUAUUUCGAGGUUCAAAUUUUCUACUUGGAAUGUUUACUGCAAAGGAUUAUGUAGAGUAUAUGUUGCAGUUUGGCCCCUAAUCAACUUCCAUGCCGUUGAAAAGCGUAAAAAUGAAGCACACCUUCCAUAUUCGUUUUCCUUGAUGAAAUAUGAAUGAGUACAUAGUGUUGCUGUCUUUUGAAUUUCCUCACUCAUUUCAACCAAAUUUACUAGGGUCCUGGAGAAAUGAGAUACCCUAAUGGUUCCAAUGUCGGAACGGAGACUAGACAAGAAUGGCAUCUGGUCUCACUUGUGGCAGCCCCUGAAGACAAAUAUGACUAGCUCUCCAGCUGCCGGAGUUCAGAGAAUUCUGUUUCUUUUGCUUUUUCCGCAAGCAAAAUCCAUAGAGCAAGUCAUGAAGAUGACACGCUUUUAUUAGCAUAAUUAAUCUUCCACCUAUCAAACCCUUCUUCAGCCCAGCUAAAAGCUCUUCAUUUUGGGGCAAUGCUCCAAAAUAGAGAGAAUAGGAUACGUGAUUGUGUGUCCUAAUUGCUUCCUUGAGAUUGAUAUCGUCUUUUGACUUUGAUUUCUGGUCUCUUAGGCUUGAGUUUUGAGUUUAAUACCGAAUCAAGUAGUGUUGAAUAAAAAUCUGAAUUAAAAUGAUUCUUCCCUCUAAAACAUGAUUCUUCCC